UUGUUUCUUUGUUAGCUGAAUGCGUUUCAAAUGCACUUGAUUCAACAUUUGAAACUAUAUUUUGUGGUAAUUUUCUUGAAAUUCGUUUGGAACCUUGGGCUCCCAUUUUAUAUGAAUUAAAACUGAAUUCUUAACUGUUAACUGAUUGGUACUAAUACCUUAAUCUAGAUAAUCUAGUCAUAAAAGGAAAAAAUUUAUAUAUAACAUAAUUUUCAGAUCAAUUAAUGGGUCGAUGCCUUUACGAUGACAACAAAUGUUAGCGAAGACAGGAAAAGGCUGAAAGAAUUAUUAACUGACGCUUCUGAACUUGAAAGAGAAUUCUUAAAGAAACAAGAGCAACAGAAGAAAAGAGUUAAAGGCACCGAAAAUAAUGCGGAUUUAGACGAUGAUACAGAAUUUUUGCGUAAUAGCCUUAAAGACGUUUAUGAAGAUAUUCUUUUGAUUGACCUUAAAACCGCUAAUGAAAAUAAUAUUGAAGAAAAACUUUGGAGAAACGUCUUUUAUAGUCAUAUGGAAGAACUUAGGCAAAAAUUGCGUAAAGUUAAACCUGAAAAGGCAAUCGAAUAUCAGGCCACGUAUCUUGAAUUAUGUCGAUAUUUGGACUUGGGUACCGGAUUUUACCACACAAUCGUUGAUAACUUAAAAAUUCGUGAAAAUAUAGAUUUAGAUCGGAUUGGAAUCGAGGUUUUCAAGAAUAAUGUUAAUCCUUCGGCCACAGCAUCACGCUCUGUGUCAAAAUAUCGCAGAAGAGAACUUACUGCCGAAUAUAUUCAGCGAUGUCUCAUCCACUUAGGUGACUUUGCUCGUUAUCGUGAGACACUUCUCGAUGCAAGUGAAAAACGUUGGGAGUUUUCCAGACAGUUUUACACUAAAGCUGCAAGGGUUUAUUGUGAGAACGGUAAGGCACAGGCACAAUUAGCUCUUCUUGCAACAUAUGGUGACAAUGAAUUAGAUAUUGUUUAUUGGUAUUGUUUUAGUCUUUCAACAAAACAGCCUCCUAGUAUUUCCUCAGAAAAUCUAAAGUUCUUUUAUUCAAAAUUUGCCCAACAAAUUAACGAAACUCCAAAUGGUAUUAAAGAUGUUUUAACUGUUAAGGACUUUGCGAAAAACUUCAUGGUUAUUCAUCGUCUUCGCGAUUUGAGUAUAACUCUCAAAAAAGUGAUAUUUAUUCUCAUAUUUACCAUUUGGGACUUGCGUAACGGUUCAGUGCAAAGUCGAAUUCGAAAUUUGCAAGCUUUAGCAAUUGGAUUGGCAUUUGGCUUUUUAAUUCCGGUUUUUGAGAAGAUAAAUUCUUUGAACUCUGAAGACGAAGAGAAAAACUAUACAUUAUUCUUACCUAUUGUUAUUUUAUGGUGCGAAUAUUUGGGGACAUUGACUGAUCUUUUGAGUCAGUUGUGUAAAUCAGCUGAUAAAGAAAAUAUGAAGAUUUCCAGAAUGUUUUUAAUGAAUUUGAAAGCUUUCUUCAAAUCAUUUGUCGAUUUCAUAAACCAUUCAAAAUUUUCUAAUUUAUUGUCUACAAAUGAUGAUUUUCAUGAAGUAGCUAAACGUGCUAUUUCAGAAGAUAACGAAUUUUUGGGAAUAAUUCCACUGCGGGUAGUUCAUCAGGAUAUUAACUUUAAUAUUUUCGGUAAUGUUGACAUGCUUAAGUCAUUGGAUUUAUUAGAAUACAAUGAAUCUACAAGUCAAUUCAUAAUGAUUGAUGAGGAUUUAAAGUUAAGAAUAUUAAACCUCAUCAGUUACAGCAAACUUCACUUGUUGCUUCAAAGGAUUCAAAUGCAAUACCGCCCAAACACUGUGUAGUUGAUAUUACUAUUUUCUUAAAUCAUUUAAAUUCUGUUAAGAAAUGGAUAGCGGACGCAAAAUGUAUUGUUAUUGUACCAUUGGAAGUUAUUGAUUAUUUGGAU